AUGAGGAAGGCUGAGAAUUCUAAAACCACAACGAGGCGCCUGCCCACACUGGAGCUGAUACGUCAACGUGGCGCUGCACAAGCCGCAGGCAACCAAGAAUCCACGCCCGAACUCGCAAGGCUUUGCAGAAAGGCGAUAAAAGAAGACCUCAAGGAGAGAAAAACAGAAGUGUUGUCCAAGUUGCAGAGGCAGGAAGGAGUUUUGCUAUGUCCGCCGGAACUUCGCCAAUGGCAAGACAAAAAUGACUGCUCUCUGAAACCUAAAUGGAACGACCACUGCAGUGAGAAGGAGAAUGAAGAAAAGAAUCCACGACUUCUUCUCUGA